AUGAUAUUUAACGGUUCAGCUCAUAUACGGGUAGUUGAAGCGCAAGAUCUUCGCCCAACAGAAUGGUCAAAAAGUAACUUCAGUAAAGAGAAUGCAUUGUUGGAUGCAUAUGUAAAUUUGGAUUGUGACGAGUAUCACAUUGGCAAGACUCAAACUCGACCAAAAACACAGGCACCAGUCUGGAACGAGGACUACGAGGUACACAGUGGUCGUGUACUUGGCUUCACCGUUUUUCAUGAUUGCGCUCUUCCGCCCGAUGAUUUUGUUGCCAAUUGUAGAUUAUUGCUUGAAGAUCUUAAAGUUUCAAGCAAUGACAUUUGGGUACACUUAGAACCUCAUGGACGUCUUCAUGUCAUUGUCGAUCUGCGAGGCAGUUUUUCAGAAGGUAUAAUUUACAGCAAAGAGCGAGUGUUCAAGGAACGAAUUAAUGCUUUCAAUGGUAGGCAAAGACGUGGCGCUAUGCGCCGAAAAAUUCAUGAAGUCACUGGACAUAAGUUCAUGGCUUUAUACUUACGUCAGCCAACAUUUUGUGCCCAUUGUAAAGAGUUUAUAUGGGGUGUUCUUGGUAAACAGGGAUACCAGUGUCAGGUUUGUACUGUUGUGGUACAUAAACGCUGUCACUUACAAGUUGUUUGGAAGUGUCCGGGAAUCAGAACGGAUAUAUUCAAAGAACAACAGUUAGAGGCUAUUGAGGACAUACCAAUACGGUUUAACAUUGAUAUGCCUCAUCGGUUUGCUGUUCAUAGUUAUAAAUUUCCAACAUUUUGCGAUCACUGUGGUUCUAUGCUUUAUGGUUUAAUCAAUCAGGGUCUGCAGUGUUCUGUAUGCAAGCUGAAUGUUCAUAAACGUUGUCAACGUAAUGUGGCAAAUAACUGUGGAAUCAAUAGCAAACAAAUGGCCGCUGAAUUGGCUCAACUUGGUUUAUCCGGUGAUAAAAUCUCCAUACGUUCUAAGAAAAAAGUAUGCAAGAGUUUUGUUAUGUAUUGUUCUGCUAUUAGUGUGAAUUCUUCUCAAUUAUCAUCCUCGGUUAUCAUUUUUAGUUUACCCAAAGUGUCCUUAUCGGAUUUUUCAUUUAUAAAAGUGCUCGGUAAAGGCUCAUUUGGAAAGGUUAUGUUGGCUGAAAAGAAAGGAACUGAAGAAGUUUAUGCAGUUAAAAUAUUGAAAAAAGAGGUCAUUUUGCAAGAUGAUGACGUUGAAUGUACAAUGUGUGAAAAAAGAAUUUUGGCAUUAGCAGCUAAACAUCCAUUUUUGACUGCUUUACAUUCCUGCUUUCAAACAGAGGAUCGAUUAUUUUUUGUUAUGGAAUAUGUAAACGGUGGUGAUCUGAUGUUUCAAAUACAACGGGCUCGUAAAUUUGAUGAACCAAGAGCUAGAUUUUAUUCUGCUGAAGUAAUUUGUGCAUUACAAUUUCUGCAUAGACAUGAAGUUAUUUAUCGUGAUCUCAAAUUAGAUAACAUUCUUUUGGAUGCCGAAGGACACUGUCGUCUGGCAGAUUUUGGUAUGUGCAAAGAGGGUAUUUCCGGUGAUAAUAUGACUUCAACAUUUUGUGGCACUCCUGACUAUAUUGCACCAGAGGUACUUCAAGAGUUGCGUUAUGGUGUAUCAGUAGAUUGGUGGGCGUUGGGUGUUUUAAUGUACGAAAUGAUGGCCGGUCAACCGCCGUUUGAAGCCGAUAAUGAAGAGGAUUUAUUUGAGGCUAUACUUCACGACGACGUACUUUAUCCCGUUUGGUUGUCAAAGGAAGCUGUUAGUAUUCUGAAGGCGUUUAUGACAAAAAAUGCUGGCAAACGACUGGGAUGUGUACAGUCACAGGGUGGUGAAGAUGCAAUCAGAGCUCAUCCAUUCUUCAGAGAUAUGGAUUGGGAAGCACUGGAGGCCCGAAAAAUUAAACCUCCAUUCAGGCCAAAAAUUGUAUGCAUCAUUUCAACCAUAAUCAAAAUAGACUUUCUAAUUAUAUUAUUCUAUUCAAGCUUUUUAUUGCAAAUUUUUUUUGUAUGGCUUCAAUAG